GGAGCACUGCCUCCCUCCAGCUGCAGCAGCGGUCCACAGUCCACGCGCGCGUGCGCUUCGGAUAUGCUGCUAACAGUAGCAGCGUCAGCUUCCUUCUCGUCGCAUCAUCUUCCUUCUCCCCUGAUAACCAACGGCGGAGCCGGAGCUGCACCUCGUGCUGGCGCUGCGAAAUUCAGAGCUCUCACCACGCCCCUACAGCGCUCGUCCUACUUUACUUUCGGCUGCGCUUGCUCUUCCGCUCCGACUCCCGGUGACAAGGACCGCGACCGUGACCUGUUCGAUGAAUACUCAGUUCUUUCUGCAGAUAUUCCAUGGGAGAGUGAGGAUAUAUGGAGAACAUUUGCGGGAUACCUCCUUAUCUUGCAUAUUCCCUUGAGCUUUGGAGGACUUGAUGCAGUAGCCAAAGUGCUACAUUGUUCCUCACUAGAUCCUCUGACAACAAUUGUUUCCACAGCCAUGCUUCAACUAGGGGAGCUUACUUUGGGUUUGGCACUGUUGCAGUACACCGCGAAGCCUCACCAUCAAGUCUGGCCCUUCUUCUUUAGGAAGUUUUCUUCCGGGCCUAGUUGGAUCAAAGAAACUGUAUUAUUGUUUGGACUUUUAGUGUCCAUGGUUUUUGUCACAUCUCUGAUAUCCGACAGACUGAUAGGUCCUGAGGAUGCAUAUGAUCCUAUAUUGAAGGAAAUCCUUUCUGACAGUCCAACAUCUAGGCUAGUCUGUUUCUUUCUGUACUGUGUGAUUGCUCCAUUGUCGGAAGAAACCAUUUACCGUGGGUUUCUUCUAACAUCCCUUUCUUCCUCGAUGAAAUGGAAGAACGCCCUCAUCGUAAGUUCACUUAUGUUCAGUGUAGCACACCUGUCAGGUCAAAGUUUCUUUCAAUUGUUCAUCAUAGGAUGUAUCACAGGGUUAGCUUAUUGCCGGACUGGAACUUUGGCUGCUUCAUUCACCAUCCACAGUUUGUAUAAUGCAGUGAUAUUGUUUACUACAAUAAUGUCUUGAAUAUGCUUUAGAGGAUAGUCAGGAAGGUGAAUACAGUUCAUUUACAUUUUUACCACACCUUGUAUUCCCUACAGACUGCAAUAAGAUAUAGAUUAGGUUUGCAAGCUCU